AUGAAGGGUUGCGAAGAAGUUGCAGUCCCAUACAAACCAAUCCUUAAGGUUGGAACUGGCAUGGAAAAUUCGGCGAAUGUUGUUGACUUGACAAAAAUGGUGCCUUCAGAGGCAGAAAGAACGUCAAAAAAGUUAAGCCCAUCAAACACACCCAUCCUAACUGUGAAAAGAGCACUUGAAGAUGUUUGGGCAAGUCAGAGAGAGGCAAGCUUGGCCAGUGUCCCACUUCCAAUGACUAACCCCAAGGCUGUCCCUUGGAAUUAUGAGCCAACCGUCGUGACAUACAAAGGGAAAGAAAUCAAUGAAGAAGUAGAUGACAUAGGAGGAAUGACUCGUUCGGGAAGAUGCUAUGCCCCAGCUGAAUUAAGGAAGAAUAAAAAUGACCAAAUGCAAGUUAAAAGUCCUGUCACUGAAGGGGAGGCGGAGGAGUUCUUAAGAAAGAUGAAAUUGUCAGACUACUCCAUUGUGGAACUGUUAAGGAAAACCCCAGCCCAAAUCUCUUUGUUGUCAUUGUUAAUACAUUCAGAUGAACAUCGUAAAGAUGUAAUGAAGAUUCUGAACGAAGCACAUGUUCCUAAUGAAGUUACAGUGAGUCAGUUAGAGAAGAUUGCUGGGAGAAUCUUUGAGGUAAACCGCAUCACCUUUUCAGAUGAUGAACUACCAGUGGAAGAUGCCAUUGGGGAGAUAGAGCUCAUACUAAAAAUAGGGCCUGUCGAUUUCACCGUGAAUUUUCAAGUGCUGAAUAUCAAUGCAUCCUACAAUCUAUUGUUGGGAAGACCAUGGGUGCAUAGAGCUGGGGCAGUCCCCUCUACGUUGCAUCAAAUGAUUAAGUUUGAAUACGAUCGACAAGAAGUGAUUGUUCAUGGUGAGGGGGAUCUGUCAAUCUACAAAGACUCUUCCUUUCCUUUUAUCAAGGCGAAUAAUGAUAAUGAGGCAUUGGUUUAUCAAGCUUUUGAGGUAGUGGUUGUUGAGCAUAUCCUCGAGGGGAAUCUCAUUUCAAAACCACAACUGCCCAUGGCAUCCGUGAUGAUGGUAAAUGAAAUGCUGAAGCAUGGUUUUGAACCAGGUAAAGGCUUGGGGAUCUUCUUGCAAGGGAUAGCUUAUCCGGUGAGUCCACGAAAGAGUCUUGGUACUUUUGGCUUAGGAUACAAGCCUAGAGUCGAGGACAAAAUGAAGCCCAAGAAGCAGAAGAGAGAUGUAUGGUCACUUACCAAGCCUAUACCACCCAUAUACAAAUCUUUCCUCAAAGCCCGCAUAACAGAAUCUUCUGAGUCACCACUCCCAGAGCCAGUGCUGGAGGUUCACGAAGAAUUGAUCAACUAUUUUCAAGAUUUAUUUGUCGAGGCUGAUAUGAUUGACACUAGCGACAGAGAUGUGCAAUUCAUUGGUCCUGAUGUCCAGCUGAACAAUUGGGAGGCCGCUCCUCUCCCUAUUAAGAAUGAGUCUUAUUCUUUCUAUGUCGAUUCUAGUGAUAUGACAUGCAUGCAGAAUUAUUCACCGGAUCUUAAAAUCCAAUCUAAUCUUCGACCUAAUCCUGAAAUACUAAGUCAAGAAAUUGAAUAUGAUGAAGACGAAGUAUUUGAAGAAGAGGAUAUAAUCCAGGCUCUGUUUGAUUACAAGGAUGUUUUUGCGUCAUCUUAUGAUGACAUGCCUGGAUUAAGCACUGACAUGGUGGUUCACAAGUUGCCGAUUGAUCCUAAGUUCCCUCCAGUAAAGCAAAAGUUGAGAAAGCUUAAAACUGACAUGAGUGUAAUAAUUAAAGAGGAAAUCACAAAGCAACUUGAGGCCAAAGUCAUUCGAGUCGCUCAAUAUCCUUCUUGGUUAGCCAACAUCGUACUUGUCCCUAAGAAAGACGGCAACGUUCGAAUAUGUGUUGAUUAUCGUGAUUUGAACAAAGCAAGUCCAAAAGAUGAUUUUCCUUUGCCCAACAUUCAUAUUUUGUUGGAUAAUUGUGCUAAACAUGAGAUUGCAUCUUUUGUGGAUUGCUAUGCGGGUUACUAUCAGAUUAUUAUGGAUGAUGAAGAUGCAGAAAAAACGUCGUUUAUCACUCCAUGGGGUACAUAUUGUUAUCGGGUUAUGCCUUGUGGGUUAAAAAGUGCGGGUGCAACUUAUAUGAGGGCAAUGACAACAAUGUUUCAUGAUAUGAUGCAUAAAGAAAUCAAAGUUUAUGUGGAUGAUGUGAUCAUUAAAUCAAAAAAGCAGUCAAAUCAUGUGCAAGACUUAAGAAGAUUCUUCGAAAGGCUUCACAGGUAUAAUCUCAAGCUUAAUCCUGCAAAAUGUGUAUUUGGAGUACUGUCAGAAAAGCUUUUGGGGUUUAUAGUCAGUCGACGAGGUAUCGAGUUAGAUCCUUAAAAAAUAAAAGUCAUUCAGGAACUGCCACCUCCAAAGAAUAAAACUGAGGUUAUGAGCCUUCUAGGAAGGUUAAACUACAUCAGUAGAUUCAUUGCUCAACUCACAACAACUUGCGAGCCCAUUUUUAAGUUAUUAAAAAAUAAUGCCACAGUCGAAUGGACCGAAGAAUGUCGAGAGGCUUUUGAAAGGAUUAAGAAUUACUUAUCGAAUCCCCCUGUGUUGGUUCCUCCCGAGCCGGCCAGACCAUUGAUAUUAUAUAUGUCAGUACUGGAUAAUUCUUUUGGAUGUGUAUUGGGCCAGCAUGAUGGCACUGGGAAGAAAGAGCAGGCCAUUUAUUACCUCAGCAAGAAAUUUACCGUUUAUGAAUCGAAGUACACCCUUCUUGAAAGAAUGUGUUGUGCCCUAACUUGGGUAGCACAGAAGUUGAAGCACUAUCUUUCAUCUUAUACUACUUAUCUCAUUUCUCGUAUGGAUCCGUUAAAAUACAUUUUUCAAAAGCCCAUACCCACGGGCAGGCUUGCGAAAUGGCAAAUAUUACUCACAGAGUUUGACAUUAUCUAUGUGACGCGGACCGCAAUGAAGGCUCAAGCCUUGUCAGAUCAUUUGGCAGAGAACCCUAUUGAUGAUGAAUAUGAACCACUUAAGACCUACUUUCCAGACGAAGAGGUAUCAUGUAUCGAUGAAGUUAUUCAUAAUAAGGAUCAAGGAUGGAAGUUGUUCUUUGACGUCCAACUUAGAUUCUAUUGUACUAAUAAUAUGUCAGAGUAUGAGGCUUGCAUCUUGGGUUUGAGGUUAGCUGCUGACAUGGGCAUCCAAGAGUUGCUAGUGCUAGGAGACUCAGACUUACUGGUCCAUCAAAUCCAAGGAGAAUGGGAGACUCGUGACCCAAAGCUCAUACCAUAUCAACAUUGUUUACAAGAUCUUUGUCGACAACUUGUGUCAAUAAAGUUUAGACACAUUCCUAGAGUUCAUAAUGAGAUUGCUGAUGCAUUGGCAACUUUAUCUUCGAUGCUUCAACAUCCUGACGAAGCUCAUAUCGACCAUUUGUACAUACAGAUUCGUGAUCAGCAUGCUUAUUGCAACUUGGUGGAGGAAGAAUUUGACGGUAAACCUUGGUUCCAUGAUAUUAAAACAUAUCUUCAGUCCGGAGAAUGCCCUACUAAUGCCACAAGUAAUCAAAAAAGGACUAUUCGGCGACUAGCUAGCGGUUUUUUCUUAAGCGGAGGCAUAUUGUACAAGAAAACACCUGAUUUGGGUCUUCUAAGAUGUGUAAAUGCUAAAGAGGCUUCAACAAUCAUGAUUGAAGUACACUCAGGAGUUUGUGGACCUUACAUGAAUGGAUAUGUUCUGGCAAAGAAGAUACUUCGGGCAGUUGCAUGCGAUGUCUGCUCCAUGGCCUUUCGUGGCUGGGGAAUGGAUGUGAUUGGACCAAUAGAACCAAAAGCAUCGAAUGGUCAUAGGUUCAUCCUGGUGGCCAUUGAUUACUUUACAAAGUGGGUGGAAGCAGUAACUUUCAAGUCAGUGACCAAAAAGGUCGUGGUGGAUUUCAUUCAUUUCAACAUCAUCUGUCAAUUUGGUAUUCCAAAGGCAAUUGUUACCGAUAAUGCUGCAAAUCUCAACAGUCACUUAAUGCAAGAGGUAUGCCGUCAAUUUAAGAUUGAACAUCGAAAUUCGACUCCUUAUCGCACAAAAGCAAAUGGGGCUAUAGAAGCUGCCAACAAAAAUAUUAAAAAGAUACUUCUGGGUGCCACCCCCUAUUCACUGGUAUAUGGGACUGAGGCAGUUAUACCUGCAGAGGUUGAGAUUUCAUCCCUGCAAAUUGUUGUAGAGGCUGGAAUUGAUGACGAUGAGUGGGUCAGAAAACGUUUGGAGCAAUUAAGUUUGAUUGAUGAGAAGCGAAUGACAUCAGUAUGCCAUGGACAAAUGUACCAGAAGAGAAUGACACGAGCAUACAACAAAAAGGUGCGUCCCAGACGUUUCGAAGAGGGUCAAUUAGUGUUGAGACGUAUUCUGCCGCACCAGGCUGAAGUCAAAGGCAAAUUUUCUCCAAAUUGGAAAGGACCAUUCAUUGUAAAGAAGGUAUUAUCCAAUGGUGCUCUUUACUUAGCAGAUAUAGAAGGCAAAAUGACAGAAAUGGUCAUCAAUGUUGAUGCUGUGAAGAGAUAUUAUAUAUGA